AUGGUGAACCAGGGGAAGGCCCAGAUCAGCACUGAACAGAUCCUAGAAGAUAAGAGCUCUGGCUCUCUGGGAUGUUGCGGCUGGCUUCUGUUCGGAAUCUCUCUAAUCUUCACGGUGUUCCUCUUCCCCAUCACCAUCUUCAUGUGCGUCAAGAUUGUAAAGGAGUAUGAGCGAGCGGUCAUUUUCAGACUUGGACGCAUCGCGGACAAGAAGCCGAAAGGACCAGGGAUCUUCUUUGUACUACCCUGUACUGACACUUUCGUGAAGGUGGAUUUGAGGACUGUGUCUUUUGACAUUCCACCCCAAGAGAUCCUGACCAAAGACUCAGUGACGGUGUCUGUAGACGGGGUGGUGUAUUUCCGUGUGUACUGCCCCAUCUCUGCUGUAGCUAACGUGUCCAACGCUCAGUCCUCCACCCGUCUCCUCGCCCAGACCACCCUGAGGAACGUCCUGGGAACCAAGAACCUGGCUGAGCUGCUGUCUGACCGCGAGGGAAUCUCACACAACAUGCAGGAGUCUCUGGACGAGGCCACUGACCCGUGGGGUAUCAAGGUGGAGCGUGUGGAGAUUAAAGACGUGAAGCUGCCCCACCAGCUGCAGAGAGCCAUGGCUGCAGAGGCAGAAGCUAGCCGUGAGGCCAGGGCGAAGGUGAUAGCGGCAGAGGGGGAGAUGAACGCCUCCCGGGCCCUGAAGGAGGCGUCUCUAGUGAUCGCUGAGUCUCCAUCAGGCCUCCAGCUGAGAUACCUCCAGACCCUCACCACCAUCGCUGCAGAGAAGAACUCCACCAUCAUCUUCACUCUGCCCAUAGACAUGGUCAGCCACUUCAUGCAGAGGAAAUGAGGGGUCACAGAGAGGCAGUGUUGCAUCUUCCCUCCCCUUUUGCCCUCCUUCACAGAUCUGAUAGGACUGGACAGGAAGUGAAAUGGCUGUUAUUUACACCUAUCCAGUAAGUGAAAUGGCUGUUAUUUACACCUAUCCAGUAAGUGAAAUGGCUGUUAUUCACACCUACCCAGGAAGUGAAAUGGCUGUUAUUCACACCUACCCAGGAAGUGAAAUGGCAAAAGCAUUAUGUUGUAGAGCCAUCCGCACAGCCUAAUUGUAUACUAGAGUACAUAACUGCUGUAUCUGUGGGGGAAAAAGCAAACACUAUAUUUACAAAGUCUUAUUUCCCCCCCGUUAUAUUUUAAUACUUCAAUCCAAAGUGCCACAUAUACAGACAUUAGUGUCUCAUAAUAAAAACCACAAUGUUUAACUUCUACCACCCAAACAAAAAAAAAGUUCUUUAUAAAAACAAAAGACACACUUAUUGAAGAGACAUGCUUUCAUAUCAACAACAUGGCAGAACCUGUGCUGGAGAAUAAUUCCAUACAAUCUUUACAACAAAAUUAAUACAAAAUAUUAAUAUCACGUAAAACAAUAGCAAUAACUAAGGUAUCAACAUCAACAUGUGAGACACCAACCCCUCAUUAGAUAUGCAUCUACUGGGAACCCAACCUUCUGUUCUAGAAUGGAAGGAACAUUAAAGAGUUCUAGAGUACAUCUACUGGGAACCCAACCUUCUGUUCUAGAAUGGAAGGAACAUUAAAGAGUUCUAGAGUACAUCUACUGGGAACACAAUCUUCUGUUCUAGAAUGGAAGGAACAUUAAAGAGUUCUAGAGUACAUCUACUGGGAACCCAACCUUCUGUUCUAGAAUGGAAGGAACAUUAAAGAGUUCUACAGUACAUCUACUGGGAACCCAACCUUCUGUUCUAGAAUGGAAGGACAUUAAAGAGUUCUAGAGUACAUCUACUGGGAACACAAUCUUCUGUUCUAGAAUGGAAGGAACAUUAAAGAGUUCUACAGUACAUCUACUGGGAACCCAACCUUCUGUUCUAGAAUGGAAGGACAUUAAAGAGUUCUAGAGUACAUCUACUGGGAACACAAUCUUCUGUUCUAGAAUGGAAGGAACAUUAAAGAGUUCUAGAGUACAUCUACUGGGAACCCAAUCUUCUGUUCUAGAAUGGAAGGAACAUUAAAGAGUUCUAGAGUACAUCUACUGGGAACCCAACCUUCUGUUCUAGAAUGGAAGGAACAUUAAAGAGUUCUAGAGUACAUCUACUGGGAACCCAACCUUCUGUUCUAGAAUGGAAGGAACAUUAAAGAGUUCUAGAGUACAUCUACUGGGAACCCAACCUUCUGUUCUAGAAUGGAAGGAACAUUAAAGAGUUCUACAGUACAUCUACUGGGAACCCAACCUUCUGUUCUAGAAUGGAAGGAACAUUAAAGAGUUCUAGAGUACAUCUACUGGGAACCCAAUCUUCUGUUCUAGAAUGGAAGGAACAUUAAAGAGUUCUAGAGUACAUUGGUCAUAAUGGUCACGUCCGCAAGACAUAGAUCAAUCAAUGCACUUCCAAACCUGACAGAACAGUACGUUUCAGAUAAAUCUCCCUAUGUAACCAACCAGUUACUAACCCAGUUACUAUCGGCCUUUAGCCUGAAGGGUUAGCCUUCCUUUACCUUUUGCCUAUGUAACCAACCAGUUACUGAGCUAUCAGCCUUUUAGCUCAAAGGGCUAACCUCUGGUAAGGGUAUCUGGGGAGGCAUCGUCUCCUCUGCAGCCAUGCAGUCAAACUACUCUAGUUCUACUAUGUCUAUAUCUAUUCUGCUAUAUCUAUAUCUAGGUAGAUAUCAUCAUCAUCAUUCAGAUAUCGGUGUUACUCUGCUUCAAAUGCUUACAUUGACACAGUGUAAAUAGGACAUUCUAUACAAGGGAAAGUGGUGGUUUUCUACACCACAUCAUCUAACUCUGAAUCAAACUAAUAUUAUUAUUUUUUUUUUACAUUGCUAAGUGUUGUUAAACAAAUCCUUAAAGUAAAAAUAAUAAUAAAUACCGUAAUAAAUACUCUACCUUUUACAAUGUGGUUGAAAUAUGUUGUGUCACAAUACGAAAAUCCACAAAAAAAAAUACAACUAUAAUAACACAUUUAAAAAUCAUGAAUAAAUGU